UGUUCAUCAAAGUGUGUUAUUCCGGUCUUCCUCUUCUAAUCUCGAAUUUGUUCUUCCACAACACUACAAUGUCAGAAUUGCCUACCUAUACUGCGACCGACGUUGCGGCGCAUUCGACCCGGAACGACUUGUGGGUAAUCAUAUCUGAGAAAGUCUACGACGUCUCGAAAUAUGUGAGAGACCAUCCCGGCGGCGCGGAUCUACUCAUCGAGGUAGCGGGAACCGACGCUACAUCGGCAUACGAAGAUGUUGGGCACUCCGAAGAUGCAGACGAAAUACUGGCAUCAUUCCUGAUCGGCACCUGCGUGAACAGCGACAAGGCCAAACGGUCCAAAACUAUCAGAUUAGUCCAGCAAACUACACCAACCGCAGGCUCGACGGUGAAAGACGUGUCUCGUUCUUCCGCACCCAUCAAAACAAUUGUCGGCUCCCUCGUUUUUGUAGCUUCCGCUUACGGUGCAUCGAUAUACGCACCGUCAGCACGAAAGCUUCUUUCUGAACUGCCGAUCCUCCAGGUCUCCAGGCCGUCUUUAGAAACUUCAUUUUCCAGCAGAUAUAGCUCGUUUGCCGGUGGUUUCGCCAUUGCUAGUGUCAUAUCUACCAUCGCUGCAGGGGUUGUUGGAAAGAAGUUGUCGACCUUCACACAUAUCGAAUCGGGUUUUGGAAAGUAUCCUCCCCGUCGGAAGCAACGUCAGUCUGUCAAACCAGGAAAUCCCCAUCUCGCAAAGGGUUUCCUUGACCCCAAGGAAUACAAGACCCUCAAAGUCGUUCGGAUAGACCAGCUCUCGCCCAACGUCAAUCGCUACGUCUUCAAACUUCCCCGCCCGAUAGACGUCGUAGGCCUUCCAAUUGGUCAGCACGUUGCUAUCAAAGCCGUCAUCGAUGGCAAGUCUGUGUCCAGGUCAUAUACGCCAACUUCGAACAACCUCGACGCAGGCAUCCUGGAAUUGGUGAUAAAGAUCUAUCCCGAUGGCCUCCUGACAGGGAAAUACUUCGCCAACCUCAAAGUUGGCGACGAGGUGCUUUUCCGCGGUCCCAAAGGCGCGAUGGGCUACAAGCAAGGGUUGUGCAAGCACGUUGGGAUGAUUGCGGGCGGGACCGGCAUCACGCCCAUGUACCAGCUUAUCCGUGCUAUCUGCGAAGACGAGAAAGAUACUACGGAGGUAUCGCUGAUCCUUGCCAAUCGGUCCGAGGAUGAUAUCCUUCUAAGAAAAGAGCUUGAGUCGUUUGCCAGGAGGUAUCCGAAAAACUUCAAGAUCUGGUACAUGCUGGACAACCCGCCGCCAACAUGGGCUUACGGCAGUGGCUUCGUGACAGCGGACAUCAUGAAGGAAAGGCUACCUUCGCCGGGACCGGACACCAAAAUCAUGCUAUGUGGACCACCAGGGAUGGUUAACGCAUCAAAGAAGGCUCUGAUUUCUCUGGGUUUCCAGGCACCCGGGGCCGUGACAAAAAUGACGGAUGAGAUCUUCUGCUUCUAGAGCAAAGGUACGUGUCGCGAAGCUGGUGACAGGGGGAUCGGGGUCGGAAAGGAGAGGGCGA